AUGGGGUUACCAGCAGGUAGCAGCUUGUCCUUAUUCUGUCCCGGGGGGGAGUUGGGGCAACCACCACCCGCGCAUAUGGGUAUCCCGCCGCCAUACCAGAUAGAUUCCAAACUUGCGGCGGGUCUGGCGCGGACGCCAAUGUACCCCUUCCCAGGUGGGGCCUACCCUUACCCCAUGCUUAGUCCAGAGAUGUCACAAGUCGCUGCCUCGUGGCACACGCCUAGUAUGUAUCCUAUAUCGUCGGCAGCGAGUGGGUUUCGAAGUCCGUACCCAACGUCGCUACCCAUCAGCACCUCUAGUCUAUCAAGUGAAUUGUACCGGUUUUCGCCGACAUUAGGCGGAGGCCUAGGGCUCGGAUUGGGACCCGCGUUAGUGCCUCCACCACCCUCAAAGUCUGACCUCUUUACGCACCAUUCAAGGUCACAAGAGAAAAGCAGCUCCAGCGACAAAUCGUCAGAGCAGAGCAGCAAUAACAGCAAAGAACAGAACAAGAAGCCGCAUAUAAAGAAGCCAUUGAACGCUUUCAUGCUCUAUAUGAAAGAGAUGCGGGCGAAGGUGGUGGCUGAAUGUACGCUCAAGGAAUCUGCGGCCAUCAACCAAAUACUUGGUAGACGGUGGCACUCGUUGAGUCGCGAGGAGCAAGCAAAGUACUAUGAGAAAGCGAGACAAGAGAGACAGCUCCAUAUGCAGCUAUACCCCGGUUGGAGCGCCAGGGACAACUACGGUUACGGUUCCAAAAAGAAAAAACGGAAAAAGGACCGCGGUCCCGCCGAACUGGGAGGUAAUAACUUAAAGAAAUGUCGAGCGAGAUACGGUCUCGAUCAACAGAACCAGUGGUGCAAACCUUGCAGGCGGAAGAAGAAGUGCGUGCGGUACAUGGAAGCCCUCGCAGCGGCCGGAGGGACCGUCCCGCUGCCCAUGCAGACGCCCCAGUCCCCCUGUUCUGAGGAGGAUGUCAAACUGGAGGAGAUGUCCGACGCCUCCAGUGACGAGGCAGACACUCCUCUCAACUCAGCGUCGAGCCCCGGCGGGCUGAGCGCUCUUUCUUCUCUUGCUUCACCGGCCUCGGAUCCGCCCCCUCCACCCCGCAAUCCCGUCGGGACGAAUCCCCGGGAUGCGAAUAACCCCCUUUCCGUGAAUCAAUUAACUUCCCAAACGUGGCCGCGUGCUGCGCAAGCUAGGCCGGGACAUGAAGUGAUAUCUGUGUCAUAG